AUUUGACUCGUGUUGUCUAUUGAGCUGCGCCUCUUGAGAAGAUCGCGCGCCUUAGGGGCGGGGCCGCGGGGAGGUCUCGUCGUGUGUUUGCUCACGCUGUGCCACUGUCACUUCCGCUUCGUCGACUUCCGGCCGCCGCCAUCUUGCUAACGCGGAAGUCUCCGAGUGGUAGGAGUCCGGGCCGGGGCGCGGACUGUGCGGCUGGCGCUAUGCCGUCGUCGCCUCUACGUGUGGCGGUGGUGUGCUCGAGUAACCAGAACCGAAGCAUGGAGGCGCACAAUAUCCUCAGCAAGCGAGGAUUCAGCGUCCGAUCCUUUGGAACAGGAACUCACGUGAAACUCCCAGGACCAGCACCAGACAAGCCCAAUGUUUAUGAUUUCAAAACCACAUAUGACCAGAUGUACAAUGACCUGCUCAGGAAAGACAAAGAACUCUACACCCAGAAUGGAAUUUUGCAUAUGCUGGACAGAAAUAAGAGAAUCAAGCCUCGGCCAGAAAGGUUCCAGAACUGCAAGGACUUGUUUGACCUGAUCCUGACCUGUGAAGAGAGGGUUUAUGAUCAGGUGGUGGAAGAUCUGAAUUCCAGAGAACAGGAGACCUGCCAGCCAGUGCACGUGGUCAAUGUGGACAUCCAGGACAACCAUGAGGAGGCCACACUAGGAGCCUUCCUCAUCUGCGAGCUCUGUCAGUGUAUCCAGCACACGGAGGACAUGGAGAAUGAGAUCGAUGAGCUGCUGCAGGAGUUCGAGGAGAAGAGCGGCCGCGCAUUCCUGCACACCGUGUGCUUCUACUGACCCCACCCGGCCUCCUGGAUGCUCCCCACCCCCACCCCUGCAUCCCACUCCUACCCCCGUGUCCGGGGUACCGCGGUGUCACCCCAUGCACUGCGCGGGCACAGGACGGAAGGUGGGCCGCGGGCACGGUCGUCUCCGCCCCCUUAAGCUGGAGAGGACGCGCCCAGCAUGUGUGCCUCUGCCUGGCCUGGCCCUUGAUCCCCAGCUGUAGGUUGUGCAUACCUGAGCGGCCACAGCCCAGCCAGAGGCGCUGGAGUUGCCCAAUAAACGAGAUGCUGCUA